AUGUGGAGAAAAUCCAAGGAUAAUAUUGCACAAUAUUUGUGCGCGGCGCUUUUGCUAUGUGUGGCCGCCAGCGCUUCCGCUCAAUAUCAACAUUUCGUGGAUACUUUAGGCGCCGAUAUAUUCUAUGAGCACCAGGAGGGCUCGGAGUCGCCAAUUCAUUAUUUGAAUGAUGGUGAUAGCGAGUUCGUCGCGCUGGAUUUGGAUAAACCCAUCAAUUUCUACAGUGAAAAAUAUGAUAAACUUUUUAUCAACACAAACGGCAUAUUGACUUUCAACAUCGAAUUUCCGGAGUAUAUCAAUCAACCAUUCCCGCUGGAGUAUCCAUCGAUUGCGCCCUUCUACGCCAAUGUCGAUACUACGCUCGCCUAUAAUAUCACCUCGAUAUCGGUUUUUGAAUCAAAAGAUCCGUAUCAACUGCAAAAGGCGACCAAUUUGGUGAAUUAUGCAUACCCCGAAAAGGCGCAAUUCGUUGCUGAUAAACUGAUUGUGGCCACUUGGAAGAAUGUGGGGCACUUUAGUGCCAAAAAUGAUAAACUUAACACCUUCCAGGUUGCGCUGAUUGCCAAUGAGGAGGAAACAUUUGUGCACUUCAUCUAUGCUUAUAACGGUAUAAAUUGGCUGCAAGGUGAGACUGGCGCUUUGGGAUUGCCGGAUAUACGCGCACAGGCCGGUUUUGUCGCCGAAGAUGGACGUCAUUAUUACAUCGAUGGCUCGGGCACAGAUAGUGCGCGUUUUACUUUCACCGAGAACUCGAACAUUGGUGUGCCUGGUGUUUGGUUAUUCCAUGUUGGCGCUUUGAAUGAAACAGGAAAUGUUGAGGUGCCCAUUGACCAAGAAGAUCUCAAUGCCAUACCACAGGCGGAGACUUGUGCCGACAGUGGCCACAAAACUUGUAAUUUCAACGCGGAUUGUCAUGAUAAGCGCGACGGCUUCUGUUGCGUCUGUCGUGAGGGUUUUUACGGUAAUGGUAAGGCGUGUCUCAAAAAUGAUUACCCAAUACGUGUAACUGGCACCUUGGCUGGUCAAAUUAAUGGACAAGUGAUCGAUGAACGCGCUAAACUGCAAUCGUAUGUCGUGACAGCUGACUCGCGCAGUUACACAGCCGUCAAUCCGGUUAGCGUGGAGUUGGGCGCACAGCUGCGUUUAGUGGUGCCCGUCUUCAGCGCGCUUGGUUGGCUCUUCGCCAAGUCGUUGAAUGGUGUUGCGAAUGGCUAUCAUCUCACUGGUGGUCAUUGUGUGCAUGUGUCGAAGAUACGUUUUGAAACUGGCGAAUCUUUGACUGUCAAUCAGACAUUCGAAGGUUUGAACUACUGGGAUCAGUUGUCUGUGAAGCUUGAGUUUUUCGGUGAUGUACCCACGGUGAGCAGUAAUGCCAAGUUACAUAUGGCCGAUUAUGUGGACGAGUAUGCGUAUGUGUCGCCGAAUGAAUUGCAUUCCGUACAUGCGCAUUUGAUUGAGAUUCCAGAAGAGAAUCGUGUCAUCAACUUCCAGUUGGAUCAGUCAAUUUACUUUGAACGUUGUGUGCUCGACGAUGAAGUGCUACCGACGGGCACAACUGUGCUGCAGAAGGCUUCGAAGAUUGUUUUGGAUUAUUUCGAGCGCGAUCAGGCUUUACGUACCAGUGUGUUGACUAAGAUCGGUGUAGACGCUGAGUCGAAUGCUUGUACCGAUGGCACAGCCAAUUGCGGCGAACACACCGUUUGUGUGCCCUAUGAGGAUACCUAUCGUUGUGACUGUCGUCAUGGUUAUGGCCCACAACUGCAGGAAGACGGCUUGGAAGUGUGCGUCGAUAUUGAUGAAUGUCUGCUACAAACGCAUGCUUGCGAUGACAAUGCUAUGUGCACCAAUAAUGAGGGUGGUUUCACUUGCAUCUGUUUUGAAGGUUAUGAAGGUAAUGGUUAUCGUUGCUUGAAAAAUGAUACGGCCACUGAGGAGCAUGAGCAAUAUAUCCCAGACUACAUUAUUGGCAGCAACUAUCAAGAUGAGUGUCAGCGUUGCUCUCACGAUGCCGAUUGCGUGGAGAGCCGUUGUCAAUGCCGUGCUGGCUUCGAGGGUGAUGGUUACGUAUGCAAUCACAUCUGUGGUCACGAUCAGGUUUUGGAAAAUGGCCGCUGCGUUCCAAUUUUGUUAGAUGAACAUCCGGUUCAACCUCAAUGCAACUUCAUGGGUGAAUGUGAGUGUCCAAGUGGUUACGAGUUGAUCGAAGACUCUCAAACGUGUCGCUACACCGCGCACUACACAAGUGACUCCAAAUCUGAGGAAUUAAUACCCUGUGAUGUGGAUGCCAACUGUCACAUAAACGCCACAUGUGAGUGGUAUGAGAAUGAGAUGCGUCACGCGUGCACCUGCAACCAAGGCUUCCAAGGCGACGGCUACAACUGCGAACUCAUCAAUACAUCCUGUGCCUACAACGGCGACAUUUGCGAUCCACAUGCCUACUGCGUUUACGAAGAGUCACGUUGCGUUUGCGAGGAUGGUUACGAGGGUGAUGGCUUUCACUGCCAGCUGGCGCCCGAUUGCCGCGACAACUCCAGCUGCGGUCAGAAUGCGUUCUGCAUUGUGGGCGUCUGUCAGUGCUUAGCCGGUUAUGAGCGUGAUGUGUCCGAUCUUUGCGUGCCAGCCGGUCGUUGUGGUCCUGUCUUUUGCGGCGCAAAUGCAAUCUGUAAGUGGGACGCGCAACAGGGUGUGCAAUACUGUGACUGUAUUGAGGGCUACGAAGGUGACGCCUUGGAGGGUUGCCGCAGCAUACCGCCGCCCUGCAAUGUACGCAAUAAUUGCGGAGUGCACGCGACCUGUGAGCCGACUGACGAUCCAGCUAGAUAUGAGUGCCAGUGCAAUGCCGGUUUCCACGGCGAUGGCUAUGUUUGUGUGGAGGAUAAAAACUGUCUCAACACACCACAGAUGUGCGAUAUGAACGCCAAAUGUUUGUCCACCAACAACGGACUUGUCUGCGUAUGCAAUCAAGGCUUCUAUGGCAAUGGCUCUCUAUGCUUGGAACGUCAACAACAUGAAUCCGGUUUUCUACUCGUCAGUCAAGGUGUUGUCAUCGUGCGUGUACCCCUGAAUGGCAAGAACGUGAAACCAAUCUCGGUGGCUUCAAUGGCUAUUGGACUCGAUAAGGAUUGUGUAGAGGGACGCGUUUACUGGGGUGAUAUUUCUUCAAAGAAGAUUGUUAGCGCCAAAUACGAUGGUACAGACUUAAAGACUUUCAUUUCUGAUGAUGUAGAGUCACCUGAGGGUAUUGCAAUCGAUGUCAUUUCCAGACGCAUCUACUGGACCGACUCGGUAAAGGACACAAUUGAGGUGGCCAGUUUGGAAAACGCUACACUACGUGCCGUGCUCAUAAAUAAGAAUCUCGUCAAUCCACGUGGCAUUGCCGUGGAUCCGUAUAGAGAAAAACUUUACUGGUCCGAUUGGAAUCGUGAAUCGCCAAAAAUUGAAAUGACCGACUUGGAUGGUACUGGACGGGAGUUGUUGUUGGGUAGCGAUGCUGUCAUCCUACCCAAUUCACUGGUCAUACUCGAGAGCAGCGGUGAACUGUGCUAUGCCGAUGCAGGCACCAAGAAGGUGGAGUGUAUCGACUCAUACUCGAAACGGCUGCGUACUAUCUCCAAUGAUUUGACAUACCCCUUCGGCUUGACAUUCACGCACAAUCAAUUCUACUGGACUGAUUGGACAACUAAAAAAUUGGAAAGCGUCGAUACUUUUGGCAAUCGUCAAAAGGGCAUUCAGACGCCUUUCUUCGGCAGUCACAAGAUGUACGGCAUGACCGCCAUCGAGGACAGUUGCCCGCAACUGAACAGUCCCUGUCAGAUCAAUAACGGCGGUUGCGUAGACGCACGCAUUUGCUUGGUGAACAGCAAGGCGCCAUCGGGCAAGAGCUGCAAGUGUACAACCCAGUCGAAGACCUGCAAUGUGCCACAGUUCGGUGUGCAGUUUUAA